AUGGUGAACUACGACAUCGAUACCGUCUGCAUGACCGCCUUCGACAUUACUAUCUGGUCGAGUGCCAAGGAUGCACCCAUCAAGUACCUGGCGCUCGAGUCCAGGGACUCGGAGGCCUUCUUCUGGAACACUAGUGGUGCCGUGAGGGACAUCGCGACUCUCGAGCACCUGGAGAUACAUCCUACGCCAGGCUCAUGGCCGGAAAGGAAAAAGGCGCUCUUGUUGCAGGAUUGGAUCUCUCAGCUGGAGGUCUGGUACACCCCGUGCCCCCCGGCGCCAUUCCGCACAAAGAUCAUCAGCCCUUGGCCAGACGUCGACAUCCCUGAAGUUGGAGCGGAUAACUUUGACGAGAUAUCGCGGGCUUGGGACAGGACGAUGGGGUGGGCGUCAGACGGCUCAUCGGAGGCUGACGAGCCGUUUCCAGAUGCGCCCCCUCAUGGUCAGGCAGAGGCUGACCAAGGGACCGGGCUUCGUUUCCUCGUCGCCACGUUUUCUUCACAGCAGUCCCUCAUCAUGCGGUUUCCCGUCUUCAUCCUCAGCCUGCUCUGGCUCGUUCCCGGAGCCUUGGGCGCCGGUAGACGAGCAGCAUAUGAGAAGAUCCUCUUCUUCUAUGCAUACCGGAUCGACCAGCUUUUACCGGAGGACCAGCGAACAGUAGGCGUAAAGUGUGCAAAGUGGCCCACUAGGGAGGAGCUGCCCUGUGAGGACCCGGGCAACAAUAAGCCCAAAUAUCUUCACUGCAAACCAAAACAACCGGCCAGGACGGUCUGCACUCUCGGCGAGUUUAUCGGGCACAUCGAUAGCAACAAGGGCAAGAACUAUAAGAACCAGCUCUUCGUUGAUGGCGUCAAGUGGGACGAAGAAAAGCUCGACUUUGACAUGAAGAAAACGGCGGAAAACAUUAUCAAGUACGAUGCUGCCGAUGGUCGCAACCCGCCCUACCGCCUCUUCAAGGACGGCGCUCUCCCUGCGUAUUAUGGGGACGAUAUCAUCAAGGACGGCGUGGUUCUCGGCAAGAAGAGGGGCUACGACGGGUCGCUGAAUUCCAUCUUCGAUCGGAUGGCCUACGUCAAAAGUACGCUCCCCCAAGCGACCUUCGACAGUCCCGACGUCAAGUUCCUCUUUGAUCGGGUCGAGGAGAGCCGCACCUCGGUGUUGGCAGCGCGCACGGCCGACCACGACUACUGGAUCAAGAAGGACUUCGUGGCCCAUAUCCCAGGCAUUGACGUCAAGACAGCGCCGAUGGGCUACCAGGAGUGGGUCGACGGCCAGGACCGAGACAUUGAGAAAAUCCUGACCCCCGAGACCAUCACCGCAAACCAGGCCGCCAUCCCUAACGUCGAGGACCAGAUGAAACAGGUCCGAGCGGACCGACUGACGGACACGUUUGCCGGCGCGGCCCAAGGCAAGCAGGCGAGGGACCACCAGGUUGUGAUGGAAUGUUAUGAGCAAGGAGGAACGAAGAUUGAGAACGCCGUUUGCAUUUGA